AUGAGUGCUAAUCCAUAUGAUAUAGAGCAUAAGUUACCACCACAACGUGCAAACACUCCGUCACUCAAGUACUCUCAGAAAUCAAUUGAAGAAACUGCAGCAGACUUACAAACCGACAUCAAGGUAGGUUUAACCAAUAGCCAGGACGUGUUGAAUAGACGAUCCAUUCAUGGCAUCAACGAAUUAAAUGGUGAUGAAGAGGAGAGUCUAUUGUGGAAAUUCGUUUCAUCUUUCUACCAAGAUCCUUUGAUUUUACUUUUGAUUGGUUCUGCAGUGAUUAGUUUUUGGAUGGGGAAUAAAGAUGACGCUAUAUCAAUCACAUUAGCCAUCACUAUAGUCGUCACUGUUGGAUUCGUGCAGGAAUAUAGGUCUGAAAAGUCCUUGGAAGCAUUGAACAAGUUAGUCCCCGCAGAGGCUAAAUUAACACGAACCGGAAGUACAUCGAGUGUAUUGGCCCUGGUUUUAGUUCCAGGUGACUUGGUCCAUUUUUCGCAAGGUGAUAGAAUCCCUGCCGACAUUAGAUUGACAGAAGCAGUUCAUUUAACCAUCGAUGAAAGUAAUUUAACUGGUGAGAACAGACCCGUGAAAAAGACCAUAGACACAGUUACCUCAUCUGAUCCAGCAGUCACAGAAAGAACUGACAUUGCAUUCAUGGGUACAUUAGUCAGAGACGGACACGGUAGUGGUAUUGUUGUUGCCACCGCGGGCCAAACAGUAUUUGGAUCCGUGUUUGAAAUGAUGAGUGACAUUGAAAAGCCCAAAACUCCAUUACAACAAGCAAUGGAUAAAUUGGGGAAAGACUUGUCUAUUUUCAGUUUUAUAGUUAUCGGUAUAAUUUGUCUCAUUGGUAUAUUCCAAGGCCGAUCGUGGCUCGACAUGUUUCAGAUUUCCGUGUCUUUAGCAGUGGCUGCUAUUCCUGAAGGGUUACCGAUUAUUGUUACAGUUACCUUAGCAUUGGGUGUUUUACGUAUGGCCAGACAAAAAGCAAUUGUUAGACGUUUACCAAGCGUGGAAACAUUGGGAUCAGUCAAUGUUAUCUGCUCAGACAAGACCGGUACGCUAACCCAAAAUCAUAUGACGGUGACAAAGAUAUGGACAGCUGAUUUCAAGGGCAGCUUUAACACCCCCUUCUUGGCAGUAGAAAGACUAGAUGACAAUACCUUGCAUCAUCAGCUUACAUCCAAUAUGCAUAAAGUUUUGGAAUGUGGUAAUAUUUGUAACAACGCCAGAUAUUCCACCGAGAGCGAAAAAUACGUUGGGAACCCAAGUGAUAUCGCCCUUGUCGAAAGCUUGCCUCAUUUUGGUUUGGAAGAUAUGAGAGGACAGAAACAAAGACUUUAUGAAUUGCCAUUUUCUUCGAAUAGAAAAUACAUGGCAGUUUGCGUGCACACUGGCGACAUUGAAAAAUCAGAAACUAUUGCCAAAGGUGCCACAGAGAAAAUAUUGCAACUUUGUGAUCGUUACUACGACGAAAAUGGAUCUGCGAAACCAUUGACAGAAGCUAUUAAAGAGUCCAUUCACGAAAAGUCCCGUUCGUUGGCAAGAGAUGGGUUGAGAGUGUUGGCGUUUGCUAAAAACAAUAAGAAAUUUGAUGAAAAAACAAAAGAACCCACAGAAUUGGUAUUUUGCGGCUUAAUUGGUAUGAAAGAUCCCCCUAGACCAAAAGUAGGACAGUCAAUUGCAAGAUUAAUGCAAGGUGGUGUACAUGUUAUUAUGAUUACUGGUGAUUCGCCAACAACUGCUGUCAACAUUGCCAGACAAAUCGGUAUCCCUGUUGUUGGGGACCAUGCGGUAUUGACAGGUGACCAAAUUGAUAGUUUGAGCGAAGAAGCCCUCACCAAAGCAAUUCACGAUGUCUCGGUAUUUGCCAGAACAACCCCUGAGCAUAAAGUAACUAUUGUGAAAGCUUUGCAAAGAAGGGGCGACAUUGUUGCCAUGACUGGGGAUGGUGUGAAUGAUGCCCCGGCUUUGAAAUUGGCUGACAUCGGUAUAGCAAUGGGUAAGAAUGGUACAGAUGUUGCUAAGGAAGCUGCAGAUAUGGUUUUGACAGAUGACGACUUUUCUACAAUUCUUAGUGCUAUUGAAGAAGGUAAGGGUAUUUUCAACAACAUACAAAAUUUUAUCACCUUCCAAUUGAGUACCAGUAUCGCUGCAUUGACUUUGGUAGCUUUAUCUACCUUCUUUGGUUUGCCUAACCCCUUGAAUGCUAUGCAGAUCUUGUGGAUUAAUAUCUUGAUGGAUGGUCCUCCGGCACAGUCUCUUGGUGUAGAGCCAGUUGAUCACGAAGUUAUGAAUAAACCUCCAAGAAAGCGUAACGAUGUGAUUCUUACCCGACAGGUGAUCAGAAGAGUUUUGCAAUCUGCUGCCAUCAUCAUUGUUGGUACCAUGUAUGUUUUCAUCAAGGAGAUGACUGACGGUGUGAUUACUGCUAGAGACACUACAAUGACGUUUACCUGUUUUGUUUUGUUUGAUAUGUUCAAUGCCUUAUCGUGUCGCCAUUAUUCCAAACUGAUUUUUGAGUUGGGCAUGACUAACCAGAUGUUUAAUUUUGCGGUUCUUGGAUCAUUGAUAGGUCAAUUUUGUGCUGUUUAUGUGCCUUUUUUCCAAAGCAUUUUCCAAACAGAGGCUUUAAACUUUGGUGAUAUUUUACGUUUGAUUAUUUUGACUAGUACUGUAUUUGCUGUGGACGAAAUUAGAAAGUGGUUGCGUAGAAGGAAGACGGUGUAUACCAAUAACUAUAGUUAUGGUGUAUAG